GUUUAGUUUAGUGGCCAUUUUGGUUUUGGUGAAAGCAAAUGAAAAUAGUGAAUAUUGUAUCUUUUAAUAAUUGGUUAAUUUAAAGUAAUUAGCCGUUAUUGUUUUUUAACACAACAACCCAUCCAUUUCUAGUGUUGAUUAUAAAACAUUAAUCUAUCGUCAGAAUGGGUCGAGGCCGACCAGUGCCAAGGAGAGGUCGACCUCCCAAGGAUGCCGAAUCUGCUAAGAGAUUGGCUCAAAUGAGAAAACCAAAGUAUCUUUAUUCGGGACAAAAGCAACAGCAAAGCAAGCUCUCUAAUAGCUCUUCAAAUAAUUCAUCUCGUAGUCGAUCGAAAAAGAAACAGCCAUGGGAAGGUGAAUCGGAUGAAGAAGAUUAUACAUCAACAUCAUUUAGUCGUAUAUCUAGGAGUGCAUACUUUGAAGAUGAUGAUGAGGAGGACAAGUCUCUCAUGUCUUUCGGCGAUGAUGGUAAAAGUGCUCAAUGGGAUGAAGAAGAUGAUAUGGAAGAAGAUGCUGAUGAUGAUGAGGCCAGUGCAUCACCCUCUCAACCCUCUAAUUCUGUGGACUCUAAGCUGAAAAUGGGUCGCUUCCUUAGAGCCAGAAGCCCACCAAGGUUUGAAGAAGACAAGCUCGCUGAUAUGCCCCCCUUAAAUUUACCUGAAUCAUCAGCUGAUCUUCUUUUGCCGCCUCAUCUUGCAUCCAAAUACUUAAUGAAAAUUUUAAGUGUUUAUGAAAUUUUGAAUCAAUUUAAAUUCCAAUUGAGGCUUUCUGCUUUUCGUUUGGAGGAUUUCAUUUCAAGUCUUCUUCUUAAUGAGAACAAUGCUCUUCUCUCAGAAAUUCAUAUAAACCUCAUCAAAACUCUGAUACGAGAAGAUGAAACUAAUUCCACUCUUUUUGGUUCUCAAGAUGUUAAAGACUCUAUAGGGAUAUAUUUAUACAAUUGUGACCCAUUAACGUGGCCAACAGUUCUUAGAAUGUACAUUAUUUCACGUCGACGAGAAGAAACACCUGAAACAAAGGAAAUGAUUGAUCUUCUCAUACAGAAUAAAAAAUAUGAGGAAUAUCCGAUUAAUGUUCCUUUCGAAUACAAGGUUCAAGUUUUAAAAUUUUUGUGUGACACUUUCCUUGAAACCAAUGUGGCUCGAGAUGAAAUUUUGAAUGGUGAAGCUGGUGUUCGCCACGAUGAUCACUGUCGGAGGUGUCAUAAGUUAGGUGAUCUUCUCUGUUGUGAUCGAUGUUCAUCUGUUUGGCAUCUUGGUUGCUUAGAGCCUCCCAUGAAAGAAGUGCCUGAAGACGAGUGGGUUUGCUCUAUUUGUAAACAAAUGGCCAAAGAAACUGGUUGUGCCAAUGAAGAUGGAACCAUUGCAUCAUUUGGUGAUGAUGAAGGUCUUUUUUUGAGACGCUAUACCCUUGGCUGGGAUAGGCAUGGUAAUAAGUAUUGGUGGUUAUGCCGUCGUUUAAUCAUUGAGUUCAACAAUGAAGAUCAAAAGCAUGAAGAAGAAAAUAGCCAAAAAGAAGAUAAGUGUAUCUAUAUUUCAACUAAAAAAAGAUUCCUUGAGCUCAUGAAAGCGUUGGAUAAAGAUGAAUACGAGAAAGAUCUUUAUAAUGUUCUCAGUGAGAUCAAAGACGAGAUUUUUAAAGCCAUGGAGAGGACUGAAAAAAUGACAAAAGACGCUCUCAAGACAACCGGCAUGACCCGCGCGAUGAAAACAUGGAUUGAAUUUGAGACUGAAGCGUCCGAUCUUGUAGUGAAAGAUGAAUCGACCGAAAAAUGUGAAGACAAACCUGCCAACAGCAACAGCAUUGGCGAAGGAAUUAUGACUCGUCUUAAGACUGGGUCCUUAAAAACUGGCUCUGGUUCUGACAAUGGCAAAGAAGAUGACAAAGAUAUUAUUAUGGUUUUUGAUGAAGCUUUAGAUCCUAACUUUUUAAUUCGUAUGUCCAAACGAGAUGCAGUUGCUCGAGGUCUGUUUUUCAAGCUUGGUAUGGAGACCAAAAAUUAUAUCAACAUUUUCUCAAUCAACAUGCUUGCUUUGAAUAAACAUCAGCUUGCAGAAGAACGUGACAAGAAGAGACAUUUAUCUCAUAAGUUUAGUUUGACGCCGCUGUCAGAAUUCAAGUGGCAAGGUACUGUUUAUGGACCUUUUAAACCUACCAUUGUUCAAACCCUUAGACAAACUCUGGUUCAAUUCGAAAAUCAACUAGCUGCUCCUUUCAUGCAUCCUAAUUGGUCUUUACAUCGACAAAAUUGGUUGAAAGCUGUUUCUAUGUGUAAUCAACCUAAAGAUUUCACUUUGGCCCUUUCCAUCCUUGAAGCUGCUAUGAAGCCAGUAAUUUUCAAUCCUGUUUGGAAUGAAGCUCUGGGUCACACUCUUCUAGACAGAAACACUAACCUGGAAAGAGAAGAAAGGAAGAAGGAUGAAAAAAGAGAAAGGCGGGAAUUCAUGGAAGAGCAAGAAAUGAUUAUCAGAACUACUGGUGGUGUAAAAUACUCAAUUAUGCCUCAUCGUGGUCUUCAACUGGAAAAGGCUGGUAAUGUAUGGUAUGGCUUUGGCACUCAAAGUGGAUCCAUUGGUUUUGGUACUACCGGUGGAGUCGGAGAAGGAGGAGGUCGAGGUGUUCAGGCACUUUGGAAACAAAGAGGUGAAGAAUAUCGAGUUAGUGGAAGUGGAGGUUGGAUGUUCAUCAGUAUUGCACGUUCUCGCGUUCCGCUUCCAGUAGAUGGUGAGCGAGCUGAUGAAAUUGAAAUACCUGAAGAGCUCGCCGGAGAAGUGAUUGAAGUUUCCUUCAUUGAUGUAAGUGCAGAUCUUCGAAAAGAUCGAGAACAGCGUUCUUUUUAUCAAAAAUAUCGUCCCUAUAAAAAUAAGCGUAAAGGCUUGAAAGUGAUAGAAAGCUAUUUGGAGCGAAGGUUACUCCUCGAAGAAGCCAUCAUUCAUCAAAAAUUGAAAGCAGAAGAAGAUGAUAUAAUUAAGCCGGAAGAUGUCGAUGACGAAGACUAUGGUAGUACCUGUUAUUCUCCAUUGUGUCGUACUUCUGGUAUUGGUGCUUUUGAUUCUUUGUGCUACUCUAUUAGCUGUAGAAGACGACAAAAAGCUAAACGAAUCAAAUUGCAGGAAGGAAAGAAGGAAAGAGAAGAACGAGAGAAGCGUUUCAACUUGGCCAAACAAGAACAAGAAAAAGGUGAAACUCAAGACUUUAUUGGCAAUUGUCGAGAUAAAGUAUAUCUUAAUCGAGUUGAAAAACGUGUGGUUAAAGAGGGUGAAAAGGAUGAAAUCAAGUAUACCAUUACAAAGACAAGUGGUAAACGAAUUCUUGGUAAAGGUCAACUGCCCCCUUGUAACAGGUUUACUACUCUUAAGGGUAAAAAGAAAUCUAUUUUUGUGUUACCCAAGCAUGAACUUCGUCGACUUUCCCGCAAUGCCAAUCUACGAGAAGUUGCUGGUUUCAACUAUACUGGUAAAUUCAACAAAUAUCUCUGGCCAUAUGGUAUCUCACCCAGACCUUUGUUCCGAUACUGUUGGCUUUGGAGAAACACUUUACCACAAGGAUAUCAUAAUUUAAAUCUAGUUGCUGCUCAAUUACGAACUGUUUGGUGCUGCAUUCGUUGGGAUGACAUGCAAGUUAAACCUCCACCUUCGGGUAACAACACAAUAACAAAUGAGAAUGAAGUCAUUACAACAGAGCUUCUUAAAAGGAGAGAUUUGGCGCCUUUUGGUAUUCGAUCAGAAUAUCUUGUCAGAAAGAUUAUUGUUCCAUUAGUUAAUGAUGAUCCUGCGGAUGACAAAGACACACCUUAUGGUCCAGGAAGAAGCGAAGAAACCUAUAACCGAACUGGAAGACGUAUUCGAGAAGGGCUUCGAGAGCGAAAGAAAAAAAUAGACGAAGAAGAAGAACGUCGUCGACGAGGACCUUCAGUAACAGAGAGCUGGGUUGGUGAAGAAGAACUCGAACUUUGGGAGAUAAAGAUGUUUGGUGAAAGAUUAGAGAAACAACAACAGAUGAAAGAAACUGAAAAACGCAAGCAAAUCGAAGAGACUUUGAAAAAACAGAGAGAAGAGGCUGCAGCUAAGCGCAUUAAAGCUACUCUGGGCACACCAACUGCAGGAAAAGUUACUUCGCUAAUAAGUGGACCUAAACGCAUCUUCAACAGUCGAACCCCAACAGCAAAUACCACAGUAACUGCAACAUUAACCGCUACACCCACUACACCUCAAAUUGUGACACAAGCUCAACAAUAUGCAGUUAUUAAAACGAAUGGUGGUCAAACAUUCAAGGUUCCUGUUAGUGCAUUACAAGGUAAAACUGUUGGACAGCAAAUCAUUAUCAAACAAGGUAAUAAUUUGGCUGCUUCAACCACCGCCACUAUCAUUUCUACUGGUACACCUCCAACUGUUACAGCUCCACUUACACCAGCAGCUACUUCUACCCUUAAGCCUGUUACUCCUACUGUUUCUUUGCCUAAUUUCACUGGUAAUAUUAAGUUACGUACUGUUGGAGCAACUCCAACCGUAAGACCUCUUAUAUUAUCCGGAUCAACAGUACAGCAAACACCAACUAACAAUGGACAGAGAAUACAGAUAAUAAAGCCUGUUGUAGGUACAACUCCUCAAACUGUAAAAACUGUCAAUGCCUCUGGAUUAACUGUUUCAUCUAAUAUUCUGGGUUCCGCCACUUCCACUGGAAAUGCGGGUCAGCAACAAUCACCUCAGUCUACUAUACAAAUUCCUUUGAGGUUCCCAGAUGGUCGUAUGCAAAUUAUUCAAAUACCAUUAUCUAUGUUUUCUUCAACCACUCAGCCUAUUCAAAUUGCAAUCCCAUCCUCGGUAACUCAACAAACUACACAAACGGUUACUGUAACAUCGACACCUCAAUUGGUUACAACAAAUGCAUCGCCUGCUCAAACUCCAAUGGCUACUCAAUCAAUCAAAAUUAUCACUAACACUUCUAAUUUAACUCCCACCCCAUCAUCCACUACCCCAAAUCAAACAAAUGUCACUCGUUUCAUCACAAUGAAAACCACUCCUCAAGUGACAUCGACAACAGCCGCUUCUACAACAACGAUCUCCCUUGCAUCAACUUCAACCACUCCACAGACCAACAUUACUGAGCAAGUAGCUCAGCAAUUAAAAACUGGAAGUAUCCAAUUAAAGUUGAACCAACCUGCUUUAUCUUCUCAAGCUGGGACCAUUAAUGCUACCAGUACAGCAACAACAGUUACUCCGUUGGCAACAACUCUACGACUUGCCACGGCAAGUCCAGGUCAAACACUGACCGCCUUGACAAACAGUUCGACUGUUUCAACUUCUGUUGUUUCCAAUACUAUUACAUCCCCUGUAUCUACCACAGCAGGUCCUGCCACAGUUUUAGCUUCACCAAAUGCUAAAACUGCUAGUUUAGUUCGAACAGCUUUCCAAAGUCCUGUUGGGACUCGCAUUUUGGUCCAGCAACCUAACAAUACUUCUACAACUAUUCAUAAAGUAACCGCGCCAUCAUUAAAAAUCAUAACAUCAUCAAGUCAAGAGUCUACAGAUAAAACAACUUCAUCUGAUAGCUCAAAUAAACCAUUUGUAUUGACUCAAGAAAUUCAAGACAGAAUUGUUAGACAAGCUCUGCUCAACACCAAUACUUCAACUCCACCUGAGGUUCAACAAAAGCUACUCGCUUGGCAGAAAAAGCAACAACAACCUGGACAAGUCGUAGUUACACCAGCCAUAAUAGAUUCUUCAGGUACUGGAAGAACUGUGACUCCUUCUACAAGUGGCCGUUCUAAAGGUGUUAAGCGAGCUAGAAACACUUCAACAACUACCACUAUAACACCUACAACUGUUCCUAAUGUUCAAUUAACUGGCGAUGAUGAAGAGAAUCGUCGAUUACUUGACUGCCAAGCAGUACUUGUUGGUAUUCUUGAUAAGAUUGAAAAAGACGAAAAGAUGGAGUUGAGACGGAAAAAGGCAAAAGAAAAUCAAUUCCAAUCAAAAUGGAAAUCUUUACUCACAAAGAAAAAAGAGAUUCUAAAUGAACAAGCCGAAAUUUUGAAAAGAGAUAUUGCAAGAAAGAAGAGUUUAAUGAAAGAAAAAUUAAGAAAAGAAAUCCAAGCUGAAAUGAACAGAGAAAGUCCAAUUAAAAAGAAGGAAACUCCACCGAACAAUAAAGUUAAUAGCAAUGGAGCGUCUACUACCACUACAACUACUAGUUCAAAUACUAAUAGCAGUAGCAAUGAAAGUACCCCUAAGCGUAGAAAACUUUCCGAUUCAAGUUCCGAUGUGUCUCGACCUCCUUUAAAUAAGAUACGAAUAAAAAUAACACCACUUAAUCCAAAAGGUAGCACGGGAGAUUCCAAUGCAACAAAUACCUCAACUGCAGGCAACAAAAACAAAAAACUUUAUUGUAUCUGUAAAACUGCUUAUGAUUCAUCAAGAUUUAUGGUUGGCUGUGAUAGUUGUCAUAAUUGGUUCCAUACAGAUUGCCUUGGUUUGGACGAAGAAACAGUUAAAAAGAAGAAAAGUUGGGUUUGUAAUGACUGCCGUGAUAGUGAUGAGGAAAAUGGAAAUGGCGAUGGCGAUGAAGAAGAGGAAGAUGACGAAGGAAGUACUCCUGAAUCUUCUGAUAUCGAACAAGAAGUGCAACCUCAACCCCAACCUCAACCUCAACCCCAAACCCAACUUCAGCCCCAACAGCAACAACCACCCCAAUUACAACCAUUACCACAAUUACAAACGCAACCCCAACCUCAACCAGUAUCACAGUCUCAACCACCAAUGCCAACACUACCACCACCACAACUUAUAUCACAACGUCAAGCACAACAGCCUACGCUUGAAUCACAAUCACCACAACAACAAGAGCAACAGCAACAACCACAACAACAGCAAGAACAACAAGAAUCCAAAGUUAAAGUGGAUGCUAAAACGGAACCAAAGCCAGUACCAAAGGUCGAACCAAAAGUAGUCAAGACUCCCAAAAAACAAGUCAAGAAAGAGAUCAAAGGAAAAAGAUCAGGGAAAAAAGAUCAAGUAGAUGAAGAAGAAGACGAAAGUAGACUUUACUGUAUGUGUAGACAACCUUAUGAUGAAUCUCUUUUUUACAUUCAAUGUGACUCAUGUCAAGACUGGUUGCAUGGUAAAUGUGUUGGUAUAGUUUCAAAAGAAGCUCAACUUUUAGACACUUAUAACUGCCCUCGAUGUGCACCAAAUUCUCUAAUCAACUAUUGUAAUCAGAAGAAAUUGGAUUCUAAAGAUUUUAGCUCACUUAAAAGUUUAAUGAAAGAGUUAAAAUCGUUCAGAAGUGCUUGGCCUUUCCUCAAGCCAGUUGAUGCUACUGUUGUUCCGGAUUAUUAUAGCAUCAUUAAAAAACCAAUGGAUAUGGCAACCAUGGAACGUAAACUUGAGUCAACUGCAUACGCCACAUUAGCCCAAUUUAUUGGAGAUUUAACGCUUAUUUGUGACAACUGUCGCUAUUAUAAUGACAACAAAUCAACAUUCACAACUUGUGCUAAUUUGUUGGAAACUUUUUUCCUCCAAAGAAUUAAAUCCUUCCGUCAACAAAUGUUACAAAAUAAAUGAAACUGGAUAAAAAAAGUAAACCUGAAACUGAGAAUCAAAGAAAAAUAUGAUAUAGAAACAAUUUUCUCUUGUUUUCAUGCCCUGUAAUGAAAAUCAUCACCAUCAUUAUCUCACCUAAUAACACAACCUGUCAUCUUCAUCUUAAUCACCAAUUUUGAAAAAAACGCAUUCAUUUAAAUAAGUAAAAACUCAUUGCAUUGUAGAACGAUGUGAAUUUCUUAGUUUUUCUCUCAUGACUUCUCUAGUUAUACCCCUUUGUAUCUUUAAAUGCUAUCAAAUGGCUUCCAAGUCAAGUUGCAUCAAUACCUUCUCCAAUAAAACAUCAUCUUGUCAUCCUUUAAAA